CCACAGCACAGAGUGAGAGAAAGAAGCAGCAGAGAGAGAGAGAGAGCUCUCGUCCCGUGUUGUUCCACUCAUCACACCUCUCCCUCCUCCCCUCUCAUGGCCGCCGCCUCCGAACCCUAGCUCUCUCUCUCUCUCUCUCUCUCUCUCUCUCUCUCUCGCGCCCCACCCAGAUCUGCGCCGGCGACGGCAAGGAUGGAAGGCGGCGGGGCUCAGCGCCACCACCGCGGGCGGCGCCGAGGUGCGGCGGGGUCCGCCGCGCGAACGCCCCGGGGCUGGUGCUGCUCCUUCGCUGGCGUCCCGCAGAGCCCCGACCUCCGCCCCUUCCCUCCCUCCCUCGCGCCGCCGGCCACGGCGGCGUCUUCCUCCCCGGCGCCGGGUGGUGGUGCCGGGAGGAAUAAGCUGCCGCCCAAGUCCCCCUCGAUCUCGUCGUUCCACAGCUCGCCGACGUCGUCGAGGCUCGCCGGCCUCGGCGGCCUCAUCGACCCGCGCCGCAUCCUCUCCCCCGGCCGCGUCUCGCCCAUCGACCUCGAUGACUCCGCGCCCCCGCUCCCGCUCCCGCUCCCGCUCCCGCCGCCGCCGGUGACGCCCGCGGCGGAGACGGUGGUGGUCCCGGCGGAGACGUCGGCGGCGGUGGCGCCGUUGGUGGUGGCGUCGGCGGAGGCGGAUGCGGCGGGCGACGAGGCGCUGGAUCUGAGGCUUUUCCUUCGCGGGAGGGACGGGAGUACGUGCGUGGUGAUGGAGCUCGACUCCGGGGUGCUCUGCGACAGCAGCGCCUUCUUCGCCGCCAUGGCGCCGCCGCGCGGGCCCGCCGGUGACGGAGGAGGGAGCGGCAGGAGGAUCGAGGUGGACGGGGUGGACAAUGUGGAGGCGUUCCGCGCCGCCGUCGAGCUCAUGUACCAGCCUGAUCCGCUGCGGUGGCUCGCCGCCGCUGGCGUGUCGCGCUCCAUUGAUGUGCUCGAGGUGUCUUCAUCAAUCAUGUUUGAAAGAGGAGUUAAAUUGUGUUUGUCAUACAUAGAAGCAGUUCCAUGGAAUGAGAACGAGGAGGAGAAGCUCAAGAAUCUCUUUGCAAGAUGUACUUUUGAUGAAGCAAUAUCCCAAGAUGUUCUGGCUAGAUUGCGGCCUCACAGCUGGAGCAGCUCAGAAGACCUCACAGUGCAUCUUAUCCAAUCAGUCACGAGCAGCACCAACAGUGGUGCAAGAAAAGAUAUGCAAUCUUUGGUAAAUGGCCUUCUAAGCAAAAGUUCUGUCUACCAAAAAGACAUGGCAGGGCUAAACAGAGAGAGCCUGUAUAAUAUCUGUUAUGCCUGUUUAAAUUCACUAGUGGAUCUUUAUGACGAAGCAACAGAGGCUACAAACCACACUGCUCAAGCAUUAGUUAUCAAGGGCAGUAAACCAUUUAUUGAGAGAAUCUCUCAGCAGACAGAGAACCUCAACUGGCUCUUGGACAUUCUUGUGAAUAUUGACAUGGCUGAAGAGUUUGUGGAGCUGUGGGCAAAGCAAGACAGGCUCAUCAGGAUACAUGAGCAGGCAUCACCCAUGAUGAGGUAUGAACUAAGCCGAAUAUCUGCUAGUGUUUUCAUCGCACUCGGCAAAGGAAAAGUUCAGUGCCGUGGAGAGCUGAGGAGCCUCCUCUUCUACGGAUGGUUCAGCCCGAUGUUGCUUGAUUUCGGCUGGCUUCAGCGAUGCUCCAAAGGUCUGGAUGUAAGAUCUUUGGAGGAAAAUCUAGGACAGGCCCUACUAACCCUCCCACUCAAGCAGCAGCAGUGUCUAUUUGAGGAGUGGUUUCAGUGUUUUGCAUCCAAAGGAUCAGAGUGCCCGAACCUUACUAGAGCUUUCCAGGUAUGGUGGAGAAGGUCCUUCGUUAGAUCAUCGGUAGAAGGUCAGUGAUAAUGUUUUUACUACUAGUAUAUGCUGUCUGUACCACUUGUAAAAUUGCAAUUGUUGGAAUAACUAGUAGGGGUGAUCAGGUGAAUGAUGUCUACCGUAGUUUAGCCCUUUCGAUUGUAUGUGCAUAAGCUUGUUAAAUUUAUUUUGAGGAAUGGAUGGCUUUGGUGUGUGUAUGUUAAGUUUGAGCCUUCUUGAUUCAUUACAGUUAACCUUGUGACA